AUGUUGUUCAGCAAGAAAUCCAAAGUGAAGCAGGAGCUGUUCAGCUUUGAGGAUCUAACGCGUUUUCCAAUGGUUUUCUACAAGACCAUUGGUGAGGAUUUGUAUUCGGAGCGGGAUAAGAAUCUAGUGCGUCGCUAUUUGUUGCGCCUGUAUUUGAUAUUGGGUUUCCUCAACUUCAAUGCCUAUGUGGUGGGGGAGAUUGCGUACUUUAUAGUGCACAUAACCUCGACGACCACGCUGCUGGAGGCGACUGCAGUGGCGCCCUGCAUUGGCUUUAGCUUCAUGGCCGACUUUAAGCAAUUCGGGCUGACCGUAAAUCGUCGCAAGUUGGUCAAUUUGCUGGAUCAGCUCAAGGAGAUCUUUCCGAUGAGCAGGGAACAGCAGCAGGCAUAUCAGGUGGCCUACUAUGAUAAGCAUAUGAAUCGCGUUAUGUGGCUAUUCACCAUUCUAUGCAUGACAUAUACAUCAUCGUUUAGCUUUUAUCCCGCCAUCAAAUCGACCAUUAAAUAUUACUUUAUGGGCUCGGAAAUAUUCGAGCGUAAUUAUGGUUUUCAUAUACUAUUUCCCUACGAUGCGGAAACGGACAUAACGGUCUACUGGAUUUCGUAUUGGGGUCUAGCACAUUGUGCCUACGUCGCUGGUGUGUCCUACGUCUGCGUCGAUCUGCUGCUCAUCACAACCAUCACACAGUUAACCAUGCACUUCAACUAUAUGGCCGAUACCCUAGCCGCUUACAAUGGAGAUGAGCACAGCGUGGCUGAGAACCUAAAAUUCGCACAGGACUUUGUUGUUUAUCAUACGCGCUGCUUGGAACUCAGCGAGGAGAUCAACAAUAUCUUUAGCUUCACCAUACUUUGGAACUUUAUAGCCGCUUCGCUGGUUAUUUGCUUUGCUGGCUUUCAAAUCACCGCUUCGAAUGUUGAGGACAUUGUGCUCUAUUUUAUCUUCUUCUCAGCCUCGCUGGUGCAGGUGUUUGUUGUUUGCUAUUACGGCGAUGAAAUUAUAUCAUCGAGCUCACGCAUUGGCAGCUCGACGUUCAAUCACAAUUGGCUGUCCUGCGAUUCGAAAUAUAAGCACAUUAUGCGUUUUAUUAAUAUGCGAGCUCAGAAGCCCGCCUCAAUAAGACCGCCCACAUUUCCGCCCAUAUCGUUUAAUACCUUUAUGAAAGUCAUAAGCAUGUCUUAUCAGUUUUUCGCACUGCUGCGCACAACUUACUAUGGCUAAAAUUCUAAUGAA